GGGAAAGGAAGAAGCGAAUCAAUCACGAGCACAGACAAGGCAUUUUCGAGGGAUUCAAGACAAAAAAAGAGAAUCAAACGAGCACCGAAGUCAGCGGGCCCCCAGGCAAACGCGCAUUUCUCAGGCAUUUCGGAAGGGCCGACAAGCGAUGUCUGCUGCGGCAUCACGAGCACGGAAGGUGGGAGCGAAGUCUUGCAAGAAGAGAAACCAGAAAGGAAAAGAACUGCACCGCGAUUGACUGUCUGUCUGUCUGACUGUCUCCCUCCCUCCCUCCCCAUCGUCUGUCUGUCUGCUGCAGGCGCCUGUGUCUGGCGCUGGCGCUGGCGUGACGUCGACACGCGUGCCGUAUGACGAGCUCGUACGGAAGUACCGGGACGCACUGGUAAGGCCUGACAGACAACCAACAUAAUGCGGCUUGCACUGAUGGAUUGGCUCCGCCCUGUUUGUUCUGUUGGUUCAUCAGCAAGAGAAUCACCGGCUCAAGACUCAGUUGCGCGAGGCCAAUGGGCGAAACGAAAGUCUGGUACGGAAGGAGAGCGCAUGCAUUCUAGCACACACACGUGCUGACGGCUGUGGUUUGUUGCGGUGGUUGGUGCAGGUGAGGCUGGUCGAGAGCCUCAGCAAGAGAUGGGAGGCCAAGUGCGCCAAAGUGACAGCCAGAAACACACACGCGUAAGCCAACACACACACGCACACACACACACACACACAUGACUGGCCCCAUGCCUGGCUGCUCACAUGUGCCUGUCCAUCCAUCCAUCCAUCAGUGAGCGCGAGCUCGCCCGUGUGCGAGAGAUCUACAUGGACCACGCCGCCCAGACGCACAGCUGCAAGAGGACCACCUCAUCCAAGUCACAAUCGUCACAACAACGGCAGCAGCAGCAGCAACAGCAGCAUCUUCUGGGAGCCCCCGGUCCACCCCCGCCCCGCCAGGCCUGGCUCCCGCCAUCCACUGGCAACGGCCAAACGCCCACGCCCACAUCCCAGCCCCCCGCACCCCCUCCCAAGAUGACGAUGGGCGAAAGGCUGAGGCUCAAAAGGGAAGAAGAGGAGAAGGAGCGACAGGCGAAAGAUAGGGAUGCUCAGCAGGCGAAGGCGAGCACCAGCGGCGAUGCUCCACAGCAGCAGCAGCAGCAGCAGCAGAAGCCCAUGACGAUGGCCGAGAAGCUGCGGGCGGCCAGGCAGAAAGACGAAGAGAAAGAAAUGGAGAGGAAGAGGGCUCAGGAGGCGGCGACGCAGCCCCCAGCUUCUGCUGCUGCUGCUGCACCUGCUGCUGCACCUGCUGCCGUUGAUGGUGAGAGUGGGGAUGGCAAACCGGCGGUGUUGCCGCCUCCCCGGCUGACCGAGAAGGAGCGACGCAUCCUUGAGGAUGACAGCGACAGCGAACUCGACAGCGAUGAGGAUGACAAUGACAAUGACGAGCGCGGCCCCCCAGCCACACAGUGAGUCACACAAAAGAGAGAGAGAGAGAGUGGCGAGCAGGAAUCCCUCUCUCUCUCUCUGUGUGUGUGUGUGUGUUGUAGGUCUGCCCCAGCCCCGGUCAUGGCUAAAGCGUCGUCUGCCCCAGUGCUGUCCAAGGCCGCCUCUGGCCACCCGUCCCGGCCGCGCACGCCCCCAGCUGUGAUGCCUAAGCUGCAGAUGAACACCGCUGCCCUGCAGUCCAUCUGGCUGAGUGGCGAGAAGCAGGCGGCCGAAUACCCGAUGGACUGAUGAACUGAUGGAAGGGUGGAGGGCGCCACAGUGUGGCGCGUGGUGCGCUUGCUGCAGUGAAUGGAAUGGAGCAGUGAACGCGCUGGAUGGUUUGGAUCCACCAAGAGAGACCUUGGCAGGGAGGAAGGAGUUCAUCCGUUGAGGGCUGUGGGUGUGCCUGUGCGUGCGUGUCCAAGUACUUACCUUACGUGUGUGUGCCCACGCCACGUGGGUUGACGGGCGGGUAAGUGUGCAUUCGGGCGUGAAGAUGGUUGGUGCAUCAUGCUUGUGACGUCACAUGACUGACAUCAAUGCAUUGCCUCGAAAGAAUCGAACUGGAUGGAACGCGUUGUGCAAUUGAGA